CUGAAAACAGUGUGAUUCAGACUAAGACAUCCAAAGUGAAUUAUCAGUCUGAGUUACGGAAAAGUAUCACUUGUCAACCGGGAAUUCGAAAGGAAUACACUAUACUUUUAGAUAAUUUUGAUAUUGAUAUAAUUUAUAAAAAAAUUAUGAAGCUCAACGAAGGUGAUGAACGUCGAGACUUCAUUCUUCUUCUUGAAAAUGAAGAAGAGCCAAUUUCACUAGUCUCCUAUUUUUCCUUGGAAGAAUCGAUUUCAGCUGAGAAUUAUGUUUUAAAUAUGAGAAAACAGAUAAUUUAUGUUGGCCCAGUAGGUUACAUGCUCCAAGAAAUUUACGGAACUACUAAAUUGUAUGAUUCCGCAUUAAUGUAUGGAAGUGAGGAGCCUUUGUAUAGUUCUGAUGAUUUCGAGAAAGAAAUUAGCUGCGCUGUUUGUCUUUCCGCUCCGAAGACUACAGUAAUUUUGCCUUGCAGACAUUUUUGUUUGUGCCGUAGUUGCGCAGUUGUGCUUCAAUCUCAAACAAAGAAUUGUGCCAUUUGCCGAAAACCGUUUUCAAGUCUCAUGGAAAUCUCUGUGACUUCUGAAACUAUACAAGACUUAGUAGUGGAAAUAAAAGGACUUAAAUAUCUUCGUCUGAGUUUAGCUUCACGCAAUACUUCUGUUUUAAAUUCUGAGAAUGAAGUCUUAUAA